UUGAUAUCUCAAACUAUGACGAUCACACGUAAAUGUCUUGGCACCAUUAAAUUUAUCAGCUGGAUAAUCUGUUAGGCCAACGGGAGUUCUAAAGAUUCAGUUCGUUUCCUCACGCCAUUCUCAAAAUGGUGACCUCAAAGAUGAUUUUCGUCUUCGUGUUCACAAGUAUUAUGACAUUCUGUGAAUGUGGAUAUGGAAAGAGGAAACAUUUACAUUUAGGUGUUGGUGAAGUCUGUCAAAAUGGAACUGUUCCUUGGAUAUGCAAAAUUAGUAUGAACUGUUCCACUGUAAAAGAAGCCAGAGAACAUGGUUUCCUGGCUGAUAUAUGUUCACAUCUUGGCACUCAGACCGUUUAUUGUUGUCCACCUGAAAAUUAUACUUACAAUGAUCAAUUAACUAGGCGUCCUCCUACUACCCGACCUCAUUAUUCUCCAGAAGUAUUAAAGGCAAAAACGAUGUGUGAUGAUUAUUCCAACUAUAUUUUUAAAAAUGUUACAAUAAAUACUCAGGAAGGACCAAAAAACUUUAGUAUUAAUGAGUGUGUUGAAACUCUAAUAGUUGGUGGAGUUGAUGCUGAGCCUAAAGAAUUUCCUCACAUGGCACUAAUUGGUUAUAAAAAAAUUAAAGACAAGUUCGAAUGGAUUUGUGGAGGAAGUUUGAUCAGCCCUAAAUUUGUAUUGACUGCUGCUCACUGCAUAAACUACAGUUACGUAUACUGGGUUAGACUUGGAGAUCUUGACACAUCGUCUGAAACAGAGGACAGUGAGCCUGAAAACAUCAAAGUAUUGAGAACUAUAGGUCACCCUGAAUAUAAAAGCAAUCUUCUCUAUCAUGACAUAGCACUGUUUGAAUUGGAAUCAGAGGCCAAACUUAGCACAUAUGUUCGUCCACUCUGUCUUCCCACUAGCGAGAAAAUAGGAAAUGAAAAACUUGUGGCAUCUGGCUGGGGACAUACUAGAUGGCUGGGAAUACCAAGUUCAAAACUUCAGAAAGUAGUUUUGCCGCCUGCACCCCAUCAAAAAUGCCAGGAAGAUUAUAGUAAACAUAAAAAAUCGUUGCUUCCACAGGGUAUUUUAGAAAACUCAAUGUUGUGUACCGGAUCAACUGACGGAAAAGACACAUGCCAGGGUGAUUCUGGAGGACCUUUACAAAUAAAACGAAAGAACUGCAUAUACACAAUAGUAGGAGUUGCUUCUUAUGGUAAAGGUUGUGCUUUGGGAUAUUCUAGUAUUCAUACAAGGGUGUCAAAUUAUCUGCCAUGGAUUGUGCAAAUUGUAUGGCCAUAGAAUUUUGAUCCAGUUGAAACCACAAUCAUCAACAUAUUUACAUAAUAAAGAGC